AUGCAGGAUCAAGGACAAACUCAUCGCAAUGCACGAAUACUCUCUUCGAUCGCAGCAACGGUCAUUGCUCUGUCCUGUGGAACCAACUAUGGCUUCUCGGCAUGGGCACCUCAAUUCGCCAAUCGCAUGGCACUCUCGGCCACGCAGAUCAACCUCAUGGGGAACUUUGGAAACAUUGGCAUGUACGCCAUGGGAAUACCGGGCGGCAUCCUGAUUGAUUCACGAGGCCCACGUUGGGGGGUUUUUCCGGGUUGCAUUGCUCUUGCGGUUGGAUACUUUGGACUGAGGAACGCGUACGACUCGGGACCAGGAAGUGUGAGUAUGUUCAUGCUUUGUCUCUAUGCGCUGUGCAGCGGUUUGGGCGGUUGCGUCGCAUUCUCGGCUGCCAUUAAGGCGAGCGCGAGCAACUGGCCGAUGAAUCGUGGGACGGCGACAGCCUUCCCAUUAAGUGCAUUCGGGCUGAGUGCAUUCUUCUACACAACAUUGGCAGGUCUCAUAUGGCCGAACGACACCAGUGCGUAUCUCACACUUCUAGCGUACGGCACAACUGCCAUGACACUAUUUGGUAUGCUGUUCCUACGGAUCGUCCAGGAAACGGACGAUGACACAGCAGGUGCAUAUGGAGUCGUGCCAGAGGAAGACCAAUCAAGCCUGAAGAAAGAUGACGAACAGAGCACGCGGCUGCACAGAAAGGGGAGAGAAAACGGCCACAUUCGCGGUCGCAGCCUCCCCACAGGCAGCGCAAUCAAAGGCAUGGCUGGUCGCACGUCCGAAGAGGCAGGGGAGACAUCCUCUCUCGUUGCAUCCUCCGAAUCCAGCGRGCCUGGAGAUAUCGACGAUGACUUUAUCGCCGUGCGACGAAACUCACACUAUUCGGUCCACUCCCAUCGUGCAGGAAAAGAAAUAACGGGCACCGCACUUCUCCAAACGUCCAAGUUCUGGCAGCUUUUCAUCCUUUUGGCACUUCUUUGCGGAGUCGGUCUCAUGACGAUCAACAACAUCGGCAACAGUGCGCGUGCUCUUUGGCGCCACUGGGACGACACUGCGUCUUCGGAUUUCAUCCAGAAACGACAACUCAUGCACGUCAGCAUUCUCUCCUUUUGCUCUUUCAUGGGCAGGCUAGCGUCUGGAAUCGGCUCCGACUUUUUGAUCCAUAGGCUACAUGCUUCACGGUUCUGGACACUGGUCGCCAGCGCUUCGAUCUUCGUCGCGGCACAGUGUGUAGCCAUUUAUCUUGAGAAUCCCCAUCAUCUAUUUUGGCUGAGCGGUCUCACUGGAUUAGCGUAUGGAUGUCUCUUUGGAGUCUAUCCAGCUCUGGUAGCAGAUGCUUUCGGCGCCAAGGGGCUUGGAAUUAAUUGGGGAUGCAUGACAUGGGCGCCAGUCAUAUCGGGCAACAUAUACAACCUGGCGUAUGGAACUAUCCUGGAUAGACACUCCAUCUUCAAAGGUACGCCGUCUGGUGGUGGAGAGCGAAGUUGCGACGAAGGCCGUGAGUGCUAUGCGAGUGCAUACUGGGUUACAUUGAUAUCUAGCGCGGUUGGUGUUGUGUGGGCACUUUGGUGUAUCAGACAGGAGAGGCUUGAACACCUCAGAGAAGGUAGGGAGAUACGCAGGGAUCAUGAGCCUUGA